GGCCCACACCAUAUGUGCCCUGUCCCAGUGCGCGGGUCUGUGGAGAGCCGGGUGCGAGAGGCGGCAGCGCGGGGGGGACGGAGCUGAGCGGACGCCAGAGUCGGCCGGGGCGCGGUGGGUCCGCGACAGACCGGAUAAACGGGCUAGGACCACGAGCGCCGCUGACACGCGAUGGGGAAGAAGCAGAAAAACAAGAGUGAAGACAGUGCCAAAGAUGAUAUUGAUCUUGAUGCCUUGGCUGCAGAAAUAGAAGGAGCUGGUGCUGCCAAGGAACAGGAACCUCAAAAGUCAAAGGGGAAAAAGAAGAAGGAGAAAAAAAAGCAUGACUUUGAUGAAGAUGAUAUCCUGAAGGAACUGGAAGAAUUAUCUUCAGAAGCUCAAGGCAUCAAAGCUGACAGAGAAACUGCUGCAGUAAAGCCAACAGAAAAUAAUGAAGAAGAAUCCAUCCCAAAACAAGAGAAAAAAAAGAAAGCACAGAGGGGAAAAAAGCAAAGUUUUGACGAUAACGAUAGUGAUGACUUGGAAGAUAAAGAUUCAAAAUCAAAAAAGACUGCAAAACCAAAAGUGGAAAUGUACUCUGGGAGUGAUGAUGAUGAUGAUUUUAAUAAACUUUCUAAAAAAGCUAAAGGGAAAGCUCAAAAAUCAAAUAAAAAGUGGGAUGGGUCAGAAGAAGAUGAGGACAGCAGUAAAAGAAUUAAAGAGCGUUCCAGAGUAAAUUCUUCAGGUGAAAGUGGUAAUGAAUCAGAUGAAUUUUUGCAGUCUAGAAAAGGACAGAAAAAAAAUCAAAAAAAUAAGGCCGGUCCCAAUGUAGAGAGUGGAAAUGAAGAUGAUGACUCUUCCUUCAAAAUUAAGACAGUUGCCCAGAAGAAGGCAGAAAAGAAAGAGCGUGAGAGAAAGAAGCGAGAUGAAGAAAAGGCAAAACUACGGAAGUUGAAAGAAAAAGAAGAGUUAGAAAUAGGUAAAAAGGAUCAGAGUAAACAAAAAGAACCUCUAAAGAAAUCUGAAGAGGAAGCUGUAAAAUCCAAAGUGACUCUUGAUGCUGGAGCAGCCCCUGCCUCUGAAGAAAAAGGAGAGAUUCCCACAGCUGCAGAAGAUGACAAUGAAGGUGACAAAAAGAAAAAAGAUAAGAAGAAAAAGAAAGGAGAAAAAGAAGAAAAGGAGAAAGAGAAGAAAAAAGGACCUAGCAAAGCCACGGUUAAAGCUAUGCAAGAAGCUUUGGCUAAGCUUAAAGAAGAAGAAGAAAGACAAAAGAGAGAAGAGGAAGAACGUAUAAAACGACUUGAAGAAUUAGAAGCCAAACGUAAAGAAGAGGAACGAUUAGAACAAGAAAGACGAGAAAGGAAAAAGCAGAAAGAAAAAGAAAGGAAAGAACGCUUGAAAAAAGAAGGGAAACUUUUAACUAAAUCCCAGAGAGAAGCCAGAGCCAGAGCCGAAGCUACACUUAAACUUCUACAAGCUCAGGGUGUUGAAGUGCCAUCAAAAGACUCUUUGCCAAAGAAAAGGCCAGUUUAUGAAGAUAAAAAGAAGAAAAAGCCACCACAGCUGCUAGAAAAUAAAGAAGUGUCAGAACCCAUAGAAUUAAGUGCUGCUAUAGAAGUUGUGGAAAAAGAAGUACCAGAAAAAGAUGAGACACCACCUCCUGUUGACCCAGAAGAGGAAGAAGAAACUGAGGAUGCUGGAUUGGAUGAUUGGGAAGCUAUGGCCAGUGAUGAGGACAGAGAAAAAGAAGGCAAUACUGUGCAUAUAGAAGUAAAAGAAAACCCUGAAGAGGAGGAGGAGGAGGAGGAAGAGGAGGAGGAGGAAGAAGAAGAGAGUGAAGACGAAGAGGAAGGAGAAAGCGAAGGCAGUGAAGAUGAUGAGGAAGAUGAAAAAGUUUCAGAUGAGAAAGAUGCAGGGAAAAUAUUAGAUAAAAAGACAAGUAAAGAAAUGAGCUCAGAAUCUGAAUCUGAUUCUGAUGAUGAUCGAACUAAAGAAGAAAGGGCUUAUGAUAAAGCAAAACGGAGGAUUGAGAAACGGAGACUUGAGCAUAGUAAAAAUGUAAAUACAGAAAAGCUAAGAGCCCCUGUUAUCUGUGUACUUGGACAUGUAGACACAGGGAAGACAAAAAUUCUGGAUAAGCUCCGUCACACCCAUGUGCAGGAUGGUGAAGCAGGUGGUAUAACACAGCAAAUCGGGGCUACUAAUGUUCCUCUUGAAGCUAUUAAUGAACAAACUAAGAUGAUUAAAAAUUUUGAUAGAGAGAAUGUUCGGAUUCCAGGAAUGCUGAUUAUAGACACCCCUGGGCAUGAGUCUUUCAGUAAUCUGAGAAACAGAGGAAGCUCUCUUUGUGAUAUUGCCAUUUUAGUUGUUGAUAUUAUGCAUGGUUUGGAGCCGCAGACAAUUGAAUCUAUCAACCUUCUGAAAUCUAAAAAAUGCCCCUUCAUUGUUGCACUCAAUAAGAUUGAUAGGUUGUAUGAUUGGAAAAAGAGCCCCGACUCUGAUGUGGCAGCUACUUUAAAGAAGCAGAAAAAGAAUACAAAAGAUGAAUUUGAGGAGCGAGCAAAAGCUAUUAUUGUAGAAUUCGCACAACAGGGCUUGAAUGCCGCUCUGUUUUAUGAGAAUAAAGAUCCCCGUACUUUUGUGUCCUUGGUACCUACCUCUGCACAUACUGGUGACGGCAUGGGAAGUCUGAUACACCUUCUUGUCGAGUUAACGCAAACAAUGUUGAGCAAGAGACUUGCACACUGUGAAUCGCUGAGAGCUCAGGUGAUGGAGGUUAAAGCUCUCCCAGGAAUGGGCACCACGAUAGAUGUAAUAUUGAUCAAUGGGCGUUUGAAGGAAGGAGAUACCAUCAUUGUUCCUGGAGUAGAAGGGCCCAUAGUAACUCAGAUUCGAGGCCUCCUGUUACCUCCUCCUAUGAAGGAAUUACGUGUGAAGAACCAGUAUGAAAAGCAUAAAGAAGUAGAAGCAGCUCAAGGGGUAAAGAUUCUUGGAAAAGACUUGGAGAAAACAUUGGCUGGUUUACCGCUUCUGGUGGCUUAUAAAGAAGAUGAAAUCCCAGUUCUUAAAGAUGAACUGAUCCAUGAGCUGAAGCAGACCCUCAAUGCCAUCAAGUUAGAAGAAAAGGGCGUGUACGUCCAGGCGUCGACGCUGGGCUCCCUGGAGGCUCUGCUUGAAUUCCUGAAAACGUCAGAAGUGCCCUAUGCAGGAAUUAACAUUGGCCCAGUCCAUAAAAAAGACGUUAUGAAGGCUUCAGUGAUGUUGGAGCAUGAUCCUCAGUAUGCAGUCAUUUUGGCCUUUGAUGUGAGAAUUGAGCGGGAUGCACAAGAAAUGGCUGAUAGUUUAGGAGUUAGAAUUUUUAGUGCAGAAAUUAUUUAUCAUCUAUUUGAUGCCUUUACAAAAUAUAGACAAGACUACAAGAAACAGAAACAAGAAGAAUUUAAGCACAUAGCAGUAUUUCCUUGCAAGAUGAAAAUCCUCCCUCAGUAUAUUUUCAAUUCUCGAGACCCAAUAGUGAUGGGAGUGACUGUGGAGGCAGGUCAGGUGAAGCAGGGCACACCCUUGUGCGUCCCGAGCAAAAAUUUUGUUGAUAUUGGGAUAGUAACAAGUAUUGAAAUAAACCACAAACAAGUGGAUGUAGCAAAAAAAGGACAAGAAGUUUGUGUCAAAAUAGAACCUAUCCCCGGUGAAUCUCCCAAGAUGUAUGGAAGACAUUUUGAAGCUACAGACAUCCUUGUCAGUAAGAUCAGCCGGCAGUCCAUCGAUGCACUCAAAGACUGGUUUAGAGACGAAAUGCAGAAGAGUGACUGGCAGCUUAUUGUGGAGCUGAAGAAAGUAUUUGAAAUCAUCUAAUUUUUCCACGUCGGGGAAGGAAAAAGUAAAUGCAAUAUUAUGUUGUACUAUCACCAACAAAAACAAGACAAGAAUAUGGAACAGACAUAUUUGGACACUGAUGGACUUAAGUAUGGAAGGAAAAAAAUAGGUGUAUAAAUGUUUUCCAUGAGAAACCAAGAAACUUACACUGGUUUGACAGUGGUCAAUUACUUGUCCCCACAGUCCACUGUGCCUGUUCCCACCUUCUCUACUGGCUGCUGUUUUAAAGUUUGCCCUUCCCCAAAUUUGAAUUUUUAUUACAGAUCUAAAGCUCUUUCAAUUUUAUACUGAUUAAAUCAGUACUGCAGUAUUUGAUUAACCAAGCUUCUGCAGAUUUUGUGAUUCUUGAACUUUUUUGAUGUAAGAAAUACUUUAUUUAUGCAUAUUCUUCCUGCAGUGAUUUUUUUUCCAGCCUUCUUCUGCCAUAUGCCCUUAGGAAUUUUUUAAAAUAGAAAAUUAGGCAUUCCAGUAUUUCUUGAUCUGCUUUGUGUGAAACCAUGGUGUGAGGCAUAGCUGGCUGCUUGUUACUGCUUGUAUAGUCCUGAGCGUCCUUUGUAAUCAUCACAAUUCAGAACUACCAAUAAAGACAGACAUUGCCCAGGGAGUGCUGUUAGGCUUCCAGGCCAGCACAGCUUCUCUUCCCAGCGGGCUUGUUCUCCUGAGGAUGAGAACAAGUUAUUACCUACCAUACCUUGUGUACUGACUGAGCACAUUAGGAAUUUUUAUAUAUUAAUCUCGGUCUGUUUUGUCCUAGGAAAUUCUAUCAUGCAGACAUUUUUUGAUGAGACCAGCUGGCAAUAACAGGGACUUGAUUAACAUGUUUGGGCUUCGUGCUCUAAGUUGCUGCCAGUACAGCCUGGUGAUUUAUUUGUAGUGAUCUGACUGUAGCUGCUUUGUGGUUUCCCUGAACACGCGGCGUGGGUCCAAGGGAGCACAUGCUCCGUUUCCCCGCUUAGGAGAGCGGUUAGUGUGAUGUUACUUGUCCACAGCGCUCUGGCUCUGACUACCUAUUUAUAGCACAUUGUUGUAGUCAGUUGUGAGGUGUUAGAGGAAAACGUUCCAAGUCUUCAUUGGCAUAGAAUUAUAAACUAUAUUUUUUAAAGUGUUCUGGUAGACUAGCAUAGAAAAAUAUUUUAUAUACAUUUGAAAAUCUGGGUCAUUCUCUUUAUUAUUGACGUUUCUCAAGGGCCAGUAGAGGCAGACAUAAAACGUCAGCUGCGGGGUGGGGGUGGGGUGGUUUCUACUACAAAAUAUGUAAAUUUUCCACCUGGAAGAAGUAAAGAUUUGUUAAUGUUCUCCUGUGUUCAUGCUUGGGGAGAAGAACUGUGAGAUUUUUAGAAGCUUUACCCUUGCCUGGAUGGAACAAGUGGGAUCCCAGUUUAGGACUUCUCAGGAAUUCCAAAGCUUAGCACCGAUUCUUUAAUAGUCGGGCCUGGAGGUUUUUCCACCUUUAAGUAUAAUAAACAGUAGUUCACCAUUUGUUUUCUAGAGUUGAGUUCUUAAGGAUUCACAAAAAGGAGCCUGUACAAAAUAUAUAUACAGUUCUUUAUUAAACAACUGUAAACACUUCACUGUAAAAAUCCAUAAAACUUUAUAAACAAACAUUUUGUAAAUAGAAUCUAUGCUACAGUAAAAGAAUUAACACAAUUAUUUACAUGCAAUACUGACAAAUUUGGCACUUCUUGAAAAGAAAUGUACAAAACACUUGCUUAAAAAGAAAUUUAGAAUGGUAAAAACUCAGAGCGUUACUCUCAUGCACUUUGCAAAUACCUCACGAGCACCUAGGGCCCAGCUAGCAGAGAGCCCAGGCUCCCGGCAGGGCCUAGGUGACCUUCAGUGUGCUUCCGUAAGUCUGCUGUAAGACCACCUGGACGUUAUCAAGAAUAAAGUCAAAUGCCAUAUUCCAAACCGAUUCCACAGACUGCUGCAUCAACCUAAGGUGGGGGGAGAAGCGUCAUCAGGAAGGAACAAGUCCUGACGAAUCAGCUUAAGGUGUAAUAAGAAUCAAUUUGGGCAAUAAAGUAAAAUCCUAGAGCACACAAAAGAAAA